UAAAUAAUGAAAAGCGCUUUAAUUGCUUGUCUUGUCUUGAGUGUGUUGAGUGUUGAGAUAUCUCUCAAUAAUGUUGCUACAACAUAAGCACUUGAAAAAUUGAAAGAAUCUUAAUGGGCAUCAUUUAUAGUUGAUUUUGCUGAAGUUGAAUUAUCAAGUGGAGGAGCUCUGACAGAAUUAGUUGAAGCUAUUAAUCAAUUGAUUGAUUAAUUAGAAGAGGAAUUAGAUGAUAUUCAUCAUGCUUAUUCUAGAAGAACAGAUGAACAUAAUAGAGAUGUGACUAGAUUAGAAUAAGAAAUCUAAGAUGCUGAUAGAGGUAUAAAAAUAUCAUUUAAUAUUUAUAGAUAUCUUCAAUGGUUAAGAUUUUAUUGAUAAUGUUCUUAUACCUUAAAAAGAGAGAUUUUAAUCUGCUUUAGCAUAAUUGAAGACAAAUAUUGAAGAAAAUAGAAGAGUUCUUGAUGGAGAAACUGUUAAUAGAAAGAAAUAACAUGAACAAUUUCUAUCAAAUAUUGCUGAAAUCAAUGAAGCUAUUGGUGCUGUUGAUGAAUCACUUGGAUUAUUAUCAUAAAUUACAAAUCCAUCCCUUGUUCAAUUCAAAAGAGUUUAAACAAACCUUAAUAGAAUCUAAUCAUCUUUCUAAAACCAUUCCUCAUUUGCUCCAAUAAUCAGAGCACUUCUUGAAUUAGCUACAGAAUAAAACUUUGCUGAUUAAGGAUCACUUUAAUAAGUUUAAAUAUUCAUUAAUUAAUUUAUAGCUUGUUAAGAUCUUCAAUGAAUUGAGAGUUCAAUUUGUUGAUUCACUUAAUUAAGAGACAGCAGAUGAAAAUGCAGCAGAAACUAAAUUUGCUGAAAGAGUUGCCUAAUUAGAAAAAGAAUUUGCUGAAUUCUAAAGAGCAGUCUUAAUCAAGAAUUCUGAAUUGGCUGCUAAUGAAUGUAAAAUUUUUAAAUUAUUUAUUUAGAAAAAUUAGGAGAAACUAUUGUCUAUGUUGGAUAAAGAAAAGAUGAUAGAGCUACUCUUACUGCUUAAUUACAAGCAGAAAAUGAUAAUUAUGCUGCUGAAACUGAUUUGUAUAAUAGAACUGUUACUGAAUACAAUAAAGAAAUUGAAAUCAGUAAGUAAGCUCUAGGUUUACUCACUUAACCAAGUUUCGAAUAAUAUGUUAAAUCAAAGAUUGGGCUUUGAUUAAUUAUUCUAUAUUACAUUCAUA